AUGUCAAGUUAUGCAAAAUUCAUGAAGGACAUCUUGGCAAAGAAGAGGGAGCUGGAGGAAUAUGAGACAGUAGCUCUCACCCAAGAAAGCAGUCAGUAUUACCUCAACAAGUUAGCACCAAAGCUAAAAGAUCUAGGGAGUUUUACUAUUCCUUGUACUAUUGGUAACCAAUAUGUAGGUAAUGCAUUAUUAGAUUUAGGCUCAAGUAUUAACCUUAUGCCUAAAAGUAUUUUCAGGAAGCUUGGAAUAGGAGAAGCACGUCCAACCACUGUUACAUUGUUGAUGGCUGAUAGAUCAAUAACUUAUCCAUAA